GACACAGCCUAUGCUUCGGUUUGAACAGAUCUGGCCUGUUUGAAGUCUCUUUAAUCAGCUGAAGUGGUUUGUGUUGAGAUCAUGAGCAGCGGUACUCCUUACAUCGGCAGUAAGAUCAGUCUGAUCUCUAAAGCUCAGAUUCGCUAUGAGGGGAUAUUAUACACUAUAGACACUGAUAAUUCCACCGUGGCUCUGGCGAAAGUGAGGUCUUUUGGGACGGAGGGGCGACCGACAGACCGGCCCGUGCCGCCGAGGGAUGAGGUCUUCGAGUACAUCAUCUUCCGAGGAAGUGACAUCAAAGACAUCACGGUCUGUGAACCUCUGAAGAUGCACCACAGUCUUCCUCAGGACCCUGCUAUUGUUCAGUCGUCUGUGGGUUCAGUUCAUUACCCUGCAUCUCAGGGUGGCUACAGUCCUUACCGAAGCGUGCUGCCCUCCUACAGCCAGCUGGCCGCCAGCUCGCUCCUCAGCCAGCAGUAUGCCGCUGCCCUGGGCCUCGGCUCUGGCUUGCCUGGUGUUCCUGUGAGGAGAGGCCCAAUGGUUGAGCAGGCUGUUCAGACCGUGCCUGCAGAGAAAGCAGCGCAGAAGAAGGGUUUGUCUGGAGCGCAGCAGCAGGGAGGAGAGACGGGCCGAGCGCAGCGGGCCAGAGCCCCGGCCCAGAGAGCUGCGCAGCAAGGAGCCUUGAAGGGACCAAGUUCGGCCAAUGAUGAGAACAAGCCUCCAGGCAGCAGAAGAAAACAGGGAGCUCGACGGUCCAGGAACCGUGGCAGAGGUCAAAUCCUUGUAGGCAGCAUGAAGCCCAGCACCCUGCAGUUUGAGUCGGACUUUGACUUUGAAAUGGCAAACGCUCAGUUUAAUAAAGAUGAGCUGGAGAAAGAGAUUGAAGACCAGCUCAGUGUUCAAGAACCAAAGGAGAGCCCAGAGGAAAGAAUCGAUAAAGAGAAGGAAAAGCCUGUCCUUGAGAGCGAGAGCAAUGUAGAUGAGGAUCCACUCGGGCCCAAGUGCUUUUACAAUAAAGCCAAGUGCUUCUUCGAUAACGUCUCCUCAGAACUUAAGUCAAGGCGUACCACAUGGGCUGAGGAGAGGAAGCUGAACGUGGAGACUUUUGGGGUCCCUGGGCGGUUUCUACGAGGCCGUGGUUUUCGGGGUAAUUUCAGAGGGAGACGGGGCCAAGUGGUUGCACAGCACCCUGUCCCACAGAGGGUAGGGAGUGGACGGCUCUGAGGCCUGGCAUGCACUGCCUUCCUCUGGGACGUGGGUGAUUUGGUCUGGUCUAUGAAUUUGGUUUCCAGUGUCUGAGAUCUUCAGUGGUAAAUAUCACUAGACUCGCCCUACUGUGAAAAAUGGCUACACUGUUACUUUUCAUUUGUUUAAAUGGCCUUUUCCUUUUUGUUUGAGGAAUCUCUCAGCUUUAAUGUGAAUGCACCUUAAUCUAUCAGUGAUUUUCUGCAUUUGAACUAGGAUAGCACUUUUAUUUGCAUGUAUAACCAAUUUAAUGGCUGUACAGGAAUAUCCAGUUAGAUGGAAUAGAUUAAAUUCAGCCUAUGGUAUGUCGUCCCCGAUUAAAUUAUUUAUAACUUUUUUUUUUUUUUUUCUUCAAUGUGUGAUUUUUGUAAGGGGAUCUUGUUCUUGAUUGUUAAUAAAUGUAGAAAAUGUA